AUGGGCGCCACAGCAUCAAAGCCAGUCCGCUCAGCAGCAAGUGCAGCUUCGCGUCGCCAAUAUCCCAAAACAGCUUCGCCGGGGACCACAAAAGCGAUGCCAGCACCGAUCCAACAAUCGCCGCCGCAGCAAAAAGCAGCUGGACCAACCUAUCAUUCUAAGGAGCAGCCUUCAGCUUCGCGCUCAGAGGAAAUUGACCUCGACGCUCGCGACCCUGACUUCGCUGCUUCCCUACGCUCCAUCGGUCCGGUAACACCGAACCCUACGUUCUCCCAUUCAAGCACCUUUAACCGACCCCGCGCAUUCCCUCCUCAACUCCAGUCACAAACAAAAUCAUCCCUUAAUCAAACUCCUACCGGCGGUUUCGCGCCCUCCGUCUUCCCAGACGCAAACAACAAUCCCGCUCUCCUGGUCCUCUCAUCACGCAGCCGAAUCGCUAAAGCCGCCGAACAGGAACUAGAGUCCUUUGGACGACCGAGUCAUCCGGGACGAGAGUAUUUGGAUGCCAUGGCUAUUCGGCAGGUGUUGACGAUGCGUGAUCGACAGAAGCUCAAGGAUGGGGAGAUUGAGCGGAUGUUGAGGUUGAAGAAGGGGGUUGUGAGUAGAUUGGGGGAGAGGGGGGUCGUUAGUGAGGCUUUUUGA